GAGGAGGGAGAGCUGCAGUCAAUAGCAGCAAGGUGCUGGCUGCCACAUCUGAUUGGCUGUUUAUCUCUCAGUCAUACUGAACAUUUACAGACCAUCGUUCUUUAUGUUCUGUUCGUGUCCAGCACCGUUUUUAAACGUUCUUAAAGUUUAUUUUUAGGAUUUUUCAGGUUCUGAAGGGGUGAACAGCAGAACCUGUGUGUGUGUCUCUUUAAGGCGCGUGCAACGUGAAGCUCUCAUAGACAUAUAUCAGAAAGGCUAGAUGACUCUAUGAGGCGGAGUCAGGGGCGUCCCUCCACGGCGGCCAUCUUACUCCAGUAUACCAGUCUGGUCCGCUCUAUGGUAAUUGACGGGAGGUGAGUAAUCUACAUGAUCAAAAAUCCUCUUAACUCUCUGAAAUCUUGACAGAUUAACAAAUGGUUUAGUUUAUUACAGACCUUAUUAACGUGGCUGUGAGUCUGAGGAUGUUUGGACAUAUUAAAAUGACAGAUUUACUUUGAGAAAAAAUGACUUAAUCAUGAAGAACAUUUGUUUCACUUUGGGGUAACUUUGAGUCACUUUGUCAACACUGAGACCACAAUCCAGAUUUUAAUUUCUUGUAUGACAAACUAUAUUUUUGAUCUAAGUGUCAGUCUUUGUGGAUGUGUUUGUGUUUAUCAGCUGUCAAACUUGGCUAACAGACUCGCUGUGACUGAGACCAAGUACAUAUUACAAAGUUGACCCAGUAAUUUUACGUCAGUUAAAGAGGCAGAAAUGCUCUUUAGAUUCAACAUAACUGAAGUUACAUAUAAUUUUCAAAACUGUUUGGUUUGUUAAAAACAUCUAAAAUGGAAACAUGAGGCAGAAAUUUAUAUUGAAAAUAAAUAUUUAUAUAUGUUAUUGUUAUAUGUUGUUAUAGUUAUCCAUAUCAUGGAAAUAUUACUAAUAUAACAUAUAUGGAAUGAUUAAAUGUUUUAAAUUAUUUAAUAUAACUGCCUUGUGUGUGUAGGCCUAUCUUGUUCUAUCUAUUUGUUUAAUGUUUAUUUAUGUAAAUCCACGGUUAAAAUUAUUCUUAAGUAUAUAGGAACAUAACUAAAACUCUGAGGUUUGUUACAAACCAAACCGUUUGAAAAUCGUUUUUAAAUUAAUCAAUCUAUGGUUAUUUAAAUUAAUCAAUCUAUAGUUAUUUAAAUUAAUCAAUCUAUAGUUAUUUAAAUGUUACAUGAACUGUAGACUGGAAUGGUAGGAGUGGGAGGGUUGACUGUAGUAAGAUGGCCGCCAUGCGCGGAGGUCGGUCUCCAUUGCUUACAGCGUGCGGUAGACAUCUAGCGUUUAUAGAUAUAUAUCUAUGAAGCUCCGCCCCAGUGUACACGUCACACACGGAAGUGUCAACAUGGAGGACGGGAGAGAAGCUUCCACGAAAUCACUUCUAAAAGACGGUAAAAAAACAGCAAAAUAAUCAAACUAAUCAAUAUUUCUGAUCGUGAAACUGACGUGUUCGUGCCUGACUCUGUGUCCAUGUAGAUUCUCAUCCAUCCAGGUCUGGGUCUUCUUGAAGUCUCCAAAAUCAGCCCAGGUACCGGAUUUUGGAGACUUCAUGAAGACCCUGAGCCAAUAAAGGCUUUUCUAUUGAUUAUUGAUUAGAGUCUGAAUCAUUCUGGGCUUGACUGUAUAUUUAUUUUCUUCCUGUGUUUAUUUAUUUCACCACCAGAGGUCAAAUCAAGAGUGUCACUAUUCUAACCACCAUAAAUAGUUUGUUUGUUGUAUCCUGAGAGAUCAGAACCAGAAAGUUCGAGUUUGGUUCUGAUUCUGCGCAGACAGACGAACCUUCCACACCACGGUUCACUUUAGGUGUUAUUGAGUUAUUUCUGCACAUAUUUACUUUUUUCUCCUGAAUUUAUGUGUUAAUAUGAUUUAUGCUUCAUCACAUGGAAAUAAAACUAAAUAUUAUGUUUUUUUUUAAAAAAAAGGAAAAUUAAAAAUAAAUAUCAUUUAAUUGGAGAAUAUAAAGGAGUGAGUGUUUCUCUUAUUUUCAGCAGUUUAAGGUUUUUUUUUUUCAGCCUCAAACUUUUCACAGAAAUUUUUAAACUACAGCUGAAAACUGAAAAAUCAGCUGUUUGCCUGUUUUUAAAGAAAACAGCUGAUGAGAGAUUUGUGAGGUAUAGUUUUUAUUUUCAGGGUUCAGUGUUGUUGAGAGGCUAACAGAGUUUUAUUUUAAAGGUUUUGUAUUUUGGUUUCACUAACAUUCGAACCUCCAGCCAAGAGCUGCAGGAGGAUGAGGGUGACAGGGUGACAGGGUGAUAGGGUUAGGGGGCGGUGCAGAGAUCCUGUUGGUGUGAAGGUCAUGAAUGGUUUGAGGAACUGCUGGUUCUGGUUCUGGUUCUGCUCUGCAGAGUGCUACGCCGACUUCUUGGCGGAGGACUUCGAUGUGAAGACGUACACGGCUCAGGCCAUCCACCACGCCGUCAUCGCCGAGCAGCUGGCCAAGCUCGCCCAGGGCAUCAGUCAGCUGGACAAGGAGCUGCACAGUCAGGUACGAACCUUCUUCAUAACAAUCAAAAUACUGAAACAGUCACAUUUUGAACCUUUGACAUCUUAAUCAUGUCUCGCUGUAGUCUGAUGUGUUGGACGCUGUGGUGACUGUUUUAAGUCUGUUUUCAUUUCUGUUGUUUUUUUUCCAGGUUGUGGCGAGACAUGAAGACCUGCUCUCUCAGGCGACCGGGAUCGAGUCUCUGGAAGGUAAAAUCCUCAUUAACAGACACUUCCUCCAUGAUUUCACCAACUGUAGAGCUUUGAUAGAAAAUACAGACUGACUUUUGUUUUAGUCUCUUUGUGACUUUUUGGUUGAACUUUUAGUAAAUUAUGGAGAUUUGUCGUCUGACAGUGCUGUUUGGAUUAUAACUGACAUAGGUGAUCAUUUAGAAAGCUUUUCUUGUUUUAUAUAUAUGUAUAUUUUACUCCUCUCCAAACCACCAGUAACUCUUGUUGACAGAGGUCAUGUGUGAAAAUGAAAUAUCUGAGGAUGCAGAUUUAUUCAGACAGUCUUUAAAAUUCAGUAUUUUCCCCUAAAUCAAAGAAAUGAGCGCUUCAUAAAUAAUUGAACACACUCUCAGACUGUGCGCUCUGAUUUUCUCCUCUUUGGCUCAUUUAUUGAUCCAACAUGUAUGAGUUUAUUGACUCAGAGGUUUGAUUGUGUGUUCACACUCUUGUCACAGUGUGUAAUAUCCGGCCAUGUGAUGAAUCUCUUUGUCGAAUUAAAUUUGAGCGGAAAUGAAAAAGUUAAUUUUAAACGUGUAAAAAGAGAAAAAGUCACAAACUGGAACAAAACAACAAAAUCUGUGAAGAAUGAGUUCUGAACGAUGUUUGUAGAGGUUAGACGUCCGUCCCUCUGUUACUGCAGUUUGGGGAUUUCACCAUUAGAGGGCGCUAUGACUCCUCGCUCUGAGAGGAAACACAUGACUCAAAUGUUGUUGGUGUUUUCAGGGGUCCUUCAGAUGAUGCAGACGAGGAUCAGCGCUCUGCAGGCCGCUGUGGACAGGUAAACGAGACGUUCACUCGUUCACAAACCUGCUCUGUUUUUACACGUCUGUCAUAUCCACAUAAAGUCAUAAAGACCUUAUUAUUAAAAUCUGAACUCCAGAUUAAAAACGUGAAAUAAUCUACUUUAUCAGGAGUCUGUGUGUGUCUGUGAUUUGAUUGGUUGAUGUUCACUUGGAUCCUAAACAGCCUCCUAACCCUCUCACACUUUGAUCCUGUCAUGGAAAAACAAAAACCCCGAACUUCAGCUCAGACUAACUCUGGGAUCAAACAAUCACAAAUGUUGUCUCUCUGCUGUUUAUGAAGUUCUCCUUAUCGAAAAUAACCUGAAUAAACCUCAACGUCUUUGCAGGAUCAGGACCAAGAUCGUCGACCCGUAUAACAAGAUCGUGGCGCGGAUCACUCAGCUGGCCAGACUUCAGGUGAGGCUUCCUCGUGAUGAAGGUAUCCUGCUCACUUCUCUCUGAAAGCAGCAGCAGACAUUAACACGGCGGUUUUCCUAAAGAAGAAAAUAAAGAAGAAAAUAAAGAAGAUAAGAGACUCCGAGUGUCGGGGAGCGUCUGUCUGUCUGUUUGUCGGCCUCAGAUUUGUUUCAGUGUGUGAGGAGCAGAGCUUCAGUCGUAGUGAAGGGACUCCUGAUUAAUUAUUGAUGAAACAGCGUCUGUGAAAAGGUCACUGUGAUUCUGAGGUCCGUGUGUUUGAGUGUGUGUCUCUCUGACUGUCUGUGGUUCGAGUCUUCAGUCUCUCAGGAGAAUCAGAGGUUUGAUUUCUCCUCUCUGCCCUCCUGAUGUUUGUGCACAGGCUGAUUUUAGAGCGAGCCGCUGCAUGAGCAGAGCCAGGCUGUCGUUAUUAUCAGUAACCGAUCGAGUCUCCUGAUGAUUACUCUGACGAUUGAUCGAUUAUUCUGAAAGGAGACAUCUUCUUUAGUUUACUGCUUCAACAUUUCAAAUGGACCUUUAAUUAAAGAUGAUCGUUUCCUGAUGACUGAUGCACAUUUUCACCUUCUGUCCCACUGAGGCAGUGAAACAGUGACUCUCCUACAGGCAGUGAAACAGUGACUCUCCUACAGGCAGUGAAACAGUGACUCUCCUACAGGCAGUGAAACAGUGACUCUCCUACAGGCAGUGACACAGUGACUCUCCUACAGGCAGUGACACAGUGACUCUCUUACAGGCAGUGAAACAAUGACUCUCCUACAGGAAGUGAAACAGUGAAACAGUGACUCUCCUACAGGCAGUGACACAGUGACUCUCCUACAGGCAGUGACACAGUGACUCUCCUACAGGCAGUGAAACAGUGACUCUCCUACAGGAAGUGAAACAGUGACUCUCCUACAGGCAGUGAAACAGUGACUCUCUUACAGGCAGUGAAACAGUGACUCUCCUACAGACAGUGAAACAGUGACACAGUGACUCUCCUACAGGCAGUAAAACAGUGACUCUCCUACAGGCAGUGAAACAGUGACUCUCCUACAGGAAGUGAAGCAGUGACUCUCCUACAGGAAGUGAAGCAGUGACUCUCCUACAGGAAGUGAAGCAGUGACUCUCCUACAGGCAGUGAAACAGUGACUCUCCUACAGGCAGUGAAACAAUGACUCUCCUACAGACAGUGAAACAGUGACUCUCCUACAGGCAGUGACACUGACUCUCCUACAGGCAGUGAAACAAUGACUCUUCUACAGGCAGUGAAACAGUGACUCUCCUACAGGCAGUGAAACAGGGACUCUCCUACAGGUGGUGAAACAGUGACUCUCCUACAGGCAGUGAAACAAUGACUCUCCUACAGGCAGUGAAACAGUGACUCUCCUACAGGCAGUGAAACAGUGACUCUCCUACAGGCAGUGACACAGUGACUCUCCUACAGGCAGUGAAACAGUGACUCUCCUACAGGCAGUGAAACAGUGACUCUCUUACAGGCAGUGAAACAGUGACUCUCCUACAGACAGUGAAACAGUGACACAGUGACUCUCCUACAGGCAGUGAAACAGUGACUCUCUUACAGGCAGUGAAACAGUGACUCUCCUACAGACAGUGAAACAGUGACACAGUGACUCUCCUACAGGCAGUGAAACAGGGACUCUCCUACAGUCAGUGAAACAGGGACUCUCCUACAGGCAGUGAAACAGUGACUCUCUUACAGGCAGUGAAACAGUGACUCUCCUACAGACAGUGAAACAGUGACACAGUGACUCUCCUACAGGCAGUGAAACAGGGACUCUCCUACAGUCAGUGAAACAGGGACUCUCCUACAGGCAGUGAAAGCACGUGGCGCCCAGCAGUUGUUGAGGGGAAGUUUAAAGCCCAGAGACAGGAGUCGCGCUGCUGCUUACGCUGACCUUACAGUCUGAAAUAAACAGCGAUGAAAACGACAUGACAGGAUAUUUCUGGUUGGAACGUCAGGGUUAGGGAAACGCUCCACAGCCUCACCGUCGUCUGUUUUUCCCGCUCCGUCUGGCCGCAGCAGGUCGGGUUGAUAACUGAAUAAGUCAGUGAACUUUAGUUGAAGGUUAGGAGGGAGAUGAUCUUUUAUUUUUUAAUGGAGUUAGUCAGGAUGAUAAUGAAGGAAUCAUCUGAACCAACAGAAACAGAGCAUCCUGACACUCUCCUCCUCCUCCUCCUCCUCCUCCUGUUUUUCCUCUAUCACUGUGACCAUCAGGCCGCCUGUUAAUCCGUCUUGAUUCAGUUUCUAUCAUUAGACUUUGUGUUUCUCUCCUUCUCCGCUGAACUGUUUCUUCCUCAGAGUGAGAGAUGUCCUAAACAAGCUGCUGCUCCUCCCAUCCUCUCCUCGUUCUGUUUCCUCUCGGCACAUACUCGUUCAUACUGGAGUUAAAAAAGCUGGAGUAGCUCCAUGGUAACCAUAAGCGUUGGCAUAGCAACCUUAAAGCAUAAUAUUCUUCCUCUCCUGGCUGUGAAAGCGGCAUCACUUAACACCGAGUAUCAGCAGAGACGGAGAGAAAUCCUCCCUGACUGUGACUGAACUGAUAUUUGAGAUUUUCAUAUUUAAUAAGUUUAGUUUGACGUUUUAUUCCAAUCAUGUCCUAUUUUUAAGAUAAAGAAGUAAAAACCAUCAGAGUGAACUCUGCUGAGGAGGAUCGGACAUUUCUGCUGAACUUAAUACGACUGCACAGAAAAGACAACCCUCGUUACCCUCGUUUAGAGCUGCUGACCAAUCAGGAUCAAGUGUUAAACACAGCUGGGUGGUCAUCAGGAGGGCAGCGUGUUGAUACAGAUUCAGCCGUAGUGUGUACGUGUGUAUGCGUCAGUAUCAAUCAGAAUAAUGGUUGUUGGUCUUUCCUUCGUCACGAGGAGGAUCUGGUGUUUAGAUUCAGCCCAGAAGAGGUGAAGUUAAAAAAACAAACACAUUAAUAUUCACGAUGUUUCAGAGGCAGACCGCCAUGAACCGCGUUUUUACCAUCAGUCUGAGAAACACUCAGAAUGUUAGAAACAGCAGAAUUUAGAGGCAGACACACUUUUCCACACAGAUGAGCUGGAAACUGUUCCUCAUUUUCUCACCUGUUGGUGAAGCUGUUUCUGUCAAACCACAAACCUGACAUCCUGACCUGCAGCGUUCAUGAUCCACGUUUCUCCACAGGUGGCCUGUGACCUGCUGCGCAGGAUCAUCCGGAUCUUGUAUCUCAGUAAGAGGCUCCAGGGUCAGCUGCAGGGAGGCAGCAGGGAGAUCACCAAAGCUGCUCAGAGCCUCAAUGAACUGGGUAAGAGCGUGCACGUGUGCUGGGUGAGAGCGUGCACGUGUGCUGGGUGAGAGCGUGCACGUGUGCUGGGUAAGAGCGCGCACGUAUGCUGGGUGAGAGCGUGCAUGUGUGCAGGGUGAGAGUGUGCACGUGUGCAGGGUGAGAGCGUGCAGGGUAAGAGCGUGCAUGUGUGCUGGGUAAGAGCGUGCACGUGUGCUGGGUAAGAGCGUGCACGUGUGCUGAUGGGAGGUUGGAGCUGCUGGGAGGUUGGAGCUGCUGGGGUUGACCUUCCUUCA